AUGAUUGACAACACGCUGAAUCCAAACUUUGUGCGGAAGUUUUUCCUGGACUUCUUCUUUGAAGAGAAGCAGAAUCUCCGCUUUGAUGUAUACAAUGUGGACUCCAGAAGUUCAAAUAUUUCAAAAUUUAAGGACUUCCUGGGUCAGACAUUCUGCACUCUGGGGGAGAUCAUUGGCUCCCCGGGCGGACGGCUGGAGAAGAGCCUCUCUGGGAUUCCUGGGAAGAAGUUAGGGACCAUUAUCUUCGUGGCGGAGGAGCUCAGUAACUGUAGGGACAUUGCUACCAUGCAGCUGUGUGCCAACAAGCUGGACAAGAAGGACUUCUUUGGGAAGUCUGACCCCUUCCUGGUCUUCUACCGAAGUAAUGAGGAUGGAACGUUCACUAUCUGUCAUAAGACAGAGGUGGUUAAGAACACACUGAACCCUGUUUGGCAGCCCUUCACCAUCGCAGUGAGGGCCCUGUGCAAUGGGGACUAUGACAGAACGGUUAAAGUGGAUGUGUAUGACUGGGACAGAGAUGGAAGCCAUGAUUUCAUCGGUGAGUUCACCACAAGUUACAGAGAUUUCUCACGUGGACAAAACCAGUUUAAUGUCUAUGAGGUUCUAAAUCCAAAAAAGAAGGGCAAGAAAAAGAAAUACGUAAACUCCGGCACGGUAACACUGCUGUCCUUCAAAGUGGAGUCAGAGUAUACGUUUGUGGAUUUCAUCCGAGGCGGGACACAACUCAACUUCACAGUAGCCAUCGACUUCACUGCUUCUAAUGGUAAUCCGUCUCAGCCCACCUCCCUCCACUACAUGAACCCGUACCAGAUGAACGCCUACGCCAUGGCACUCAAAGCUGUGGGGGAGAUCAUCCAGGACUAUGACAGUGACAAGCUUUUCCCAGCCUAUGGCUUCGGAGCCAAGCUGCCCCCCGACGGAAAGAUCUCCCAUGCCUUCCCUCUGAGUGGUGACAAUGAAAACCCUAACUGUGUGGGGAUAGAGGGAGUGUUGGAGGCAUACUUCCAGAGCCUCAGGACGGUCCAACUCUACGGACCCACCAACUUCUCUCCAGUCAUCAACCAGGUGGCACGGUCUGCGCAGGAUGUGACAGAUGGCUCUCAGUACUUUGUGUUGUUGAUGAUCACAGACGGAGUUAUCUCUGACAUGGUGCAGACCAAGGAGGCUGUGGUCAACGCAGCUGCUCUCCCCAUGUCUAUCAUCAUCGUAGGGGUUGGACCUGCAAAGUUUGACGCCAUGGAGGAGCUGGAUGGAGACGAAGUCAGAGUGUCCUCCAGAGGGCGCUUUGCUGAAAGAGACAUUGUGCAGUUUGUUCCUUUCCGGGACUACGUGGACCAGUCAGGGAACCAGGUCCUGAGCAUGGCCCGGCUGGCCAAAGACGUACUGGCUGAGAUCCCUGAGCAGCUUCUGGGCUUCAUGAAGACCAGAGGCAUCGAGCCCCGGCCCGCUUUCUCCUCCUCAGACCUGCCCGAGCUCCACAGGCACAUCUGACACCCUUUACUGUAGUGGGACAGUACCUCUCAACACCCUAACUGGGUCUACACACAUUUGAUGUGCACAUACACACACACUUGACAUCUCUCUCAUCUCUCCAAAACCUAUGCCAUCUCAUUGCAAGUCGAUGGCCCCUCUCCCUAACACUACAGUGCACAUACUGCAGCUAAACACAGUACAGUACAUACACACAAAGAAUGAGUCUAUGUAUACAUUGUGCAUUUGAACACAUAGGGGUGAGUAGAUAUAGCACCCAAUGCAAUACCCACAAGCACAGUGACUUCUGAAGAGAAGGAAGAAAUAUAACUUACUAUGCCAUGAUGUGACACAAGUUCACACGCAUAUGCAGAGGGGGGAGUUACAGACUGUGAAAGUUACUGAUGUAGAAUAUACAUAUCUAAGAAACUCAGACACAAAAAGACAAUUAGAUUUUCACUUUUAAUCUAAAAAUCCAAUCCUCAGCUUCUGGAGUGUGUGUAUAUAUACAGUAUAUACAAAGCAGCUUAGCCAUCAACUGAAGAGAAAACACGUAAACAACUUGACAUAUUGCUUUCAGCCCACACCUCCAAACCCACACCCUCAUACAUGAGGUUACUCUUUUUAUACACAUAAAAUCUGCUUGAAUUACUGUAUCCUAUCCACUGGAAUUACAGGAAUAAAUGCUCUCAUGCAACAAACAAUAUGUUUUAUUUAUGUUGACUUUCUACUUCAUGCAGAUGUUGGAUCUUAAUUUGAUCCCUCUUUUGUCGCAGAAAAUGUUCCUGAAUAUCAGGACAUUCAAAUGAGUCUUGCGAUUUAGAUAUGUUCACUGAAAACCCACAGUUUUUCUUAUUCUCCAUGUGGGGGCAGUCGAGUCAUUCGGACCAGUGCCAGCUAUCAAAAUCAUCCUUCCUCACUCUCAAACGCUAAAAGCACCCGACAGAAUAUUAAUAAAUGUCCUACUGCUACUGUAGGCCUAUAGGUCCUAUUACCACAACAUUCAAAUGUACAAAAAUGUAUCUGAAAUGUAUCCAUACACAUCAACAACCAUCAUUUUAUAUUGCUUAAUAACACAACAUAGAUAUUAGUCUCCACUAUGACACAAGUGUAUCCGAAAUGCGGCCGUACAGUAGAACUAAACUAUAGCUUACUGUAGCCUAUCAAAACUAAUCACACACAGGCCUAUAAUAUCAGAUGUAAAGACAACACAAAAUUGAGAAUAGUGAGGUAGCCUACGGAACGGAGCGUAAUGGCGCUUGAAAGUGAGCGACUGAUUUUAAAACCAAAAAGACAAUUUAGUAUAUAUUGUUGAAAAAGAGGGUUACGAAUCAACUGUCAAAAUGUAGUUCAAUUGUGGCCUGAGGUGGUCUAGCGGUUAUGGCCGCUGCCUUCAACGUGCAGAUAAAGGCCUAACAUGUCGCUGUGGGUUCGAUUCUGGCCCACUCCCUUUUGGCAAAUAACAAACUUUAAAACAGGUUAACAUGCCCCACCAACAUUAGACAACUAUACAGAAAGCCCUUAAAGUGUUGAAAUAA